CCAAGGCUUCUAAAGGACUUGCUUUACGAGGUUUGAGCGAGCGCAGCUUCAACAAGACACGGUGUUUGCAGAAGUGGUAGAGUUUAGGACUCCGCCAAACAGUCGCUAUUUUGCCCCCAGGCACCUAGGGCCUGUUUGAGGCUGGAGAUUAAUAAUAUUAAUAAUUGCAUAUGUCGAGUGAGUGUGUGUCUGUGUGUUCUCCUUCCAAAUAUCGCCAACUGGAUUCCUGAGCAUCGCAUUGCUUGUGAUUCGACGGCAGUGUCAACUUUUUGUUAACUUUAUUUAUUAGAACAAAUCAUUAUUUAUUCUGUGAAGACAUUGUGGACGAAGAGCUGAUCGCAUUUCUCUUACUUGGAACAUUCAACUCUCAAAACCCAGUUGUCGAUCCUUUUUAUCAGUGACCGAGCAAUCUGUGAAAUUUAGGUAUCAUUUUGAAUAUCAAAAGUGAUCUUUUACAGGCGAUAAUGAGGAUAACACAACACUGAGUUAUCUUUCUUCUCUCCAGGACCCAUACCCUGACACAUCCGAGUGGGCACAAGUGAUAACUUAACGGCCACACAACACAAUACACACCAGGCCCUCCUUUCCAGCCCGUGAGUAAAGUGAUCGAUCAGUAGCAUUUCGCUUACUCAACCCCAACGUUCUCACCUCGUGGCGAGGAAAGUGUCCCCGUUACUACAACACACAACUUCUAGCUCUGGAUUACUUCGUGUGGAUACUACCACCCACCCAAAACCGCCCCAGAAGACGUAGAUUGUCUUCAUUCAUCUCGUGAUCAUCUUGUUGAGCAGUAUUUUAUCCUUCUCUAAGUCCACUCCCAAGCGCAGAACGUCACGAUACUGCUGUAAGUGUAAGCUCUCUUCCCACGACACCCACAACCCCGCGAUGACCGAGUGUCUGGUUCUUAUUCCAGGAGUCGUUAGGAGCUUGUGAAACGUUCGUCUGUAUUGGAGGGAGGACCAUAGUACUCUCUCAAACUGUACUCUCCGUCCAAUUUUUCCUUUCAAAGGGGUAUCGGUAGCGGCAUCGCCUCGGGGGGCUACGCCACCAGCGGUAUGAACACCAUGGGUCCCUCCAUGUCCCCGAUGCCCUCCGCCAUGUCCGCCAUAGGAGGUGGGAUGAGCUACUCACCACAGGCUAUGGGAGGGAUGGCCGCCAUGGGCAGCAUGGGGUCUAUGGGAGCCAUGGGAGGGAUGGGCUCCAUGUCUGCGAUGGGAGGGUACGGAUCGAUGUCAGCCAUGAAUACAAUGGGAGGUAUGAAUGGGAUGUCCGCUAUGGGUGGAAUGUCAUCGAUGAACGGCAUGAAUCGUCCCUUGGACGCCAAUCUCAUGUCGAUGGAUAGAAACGGGGCUCUGAACAGACCGCGCACUGACAAGAACUACAGGCGCGCGUACACUCACGCCAAGCCGCCCUAUUCGUACAUCUCACUCAUCACCAUGGCGAUACAGCAGUCGCAGAAUAAAAUGUGCACCCUCAGCGAGAUCUACCAGUUCAUCAUGGACCUCUUCCCAUUCUACAGACAGAACCAGCAGCGGUGGCAGAACUCCAUCCGGCACAGUCUCUCGUUCAACGACUGCUUUGUGAAGGUCCCACGCACGCCCGAUCGUCCGGGGAAAGGAAGCUACUGGGCGUUACACCCAGACUCGGGGAAUAUGUUCGAGAACGGUUGUUACCUAAGGCGCCAGAAGAGAUUCAAGUGUCCGAAGAAAGAAAUGAUUCGUCAGUCGUCCCAUAGGAGUCAGGAUGACGACGGUUCACUGAACCCUGACGACAGCAUGCACUCGGGAGACGAGCACAGUCCGAUGAGCUCUCCUAUCCCAGGGGUUCCCUCGCAACAUGGCCCGUCUCAACCACCACCCCGCACCUCCCCACGACCUCACGACCACCACCAGCAACAAUCUCAACACCCGCACGCGCAACAACAGCAGCAGCAACAGCACGCACAGCAACAGCAACAGCAGCAGCAGCAGCAACAACAACAGCAACAACAGCAGCAACAGCAACAGCAAUCGCAAAGCUCCGGCGGAGGCUCCAUCCAGCCCAAGACGGAAGUGAUGAACAAUUCUUCUCCACAUCCCCAGGAACUGGCCCACCCACCACCCGCCCAAAGCCUCCCGCCUCAGGUGUCCUGCCACACCCCUCUGUCCUCGCAACCUUCUCUGCCCUCCUACCAUCACAACUCCCCAGCCGCCGAGCUCUCAAACGUCCGAUCUCUCAACGCGCAGGACUACGGCUCUCAGCUCACCUCUCAGUCUCUGGGCCUGCACUACCCGGCCGGCCACUACGCACCACACCCGCACCACCACCAUCACCAUCACCAACAAGCCGGACUGCAUCAGCUGGGCCCCAACCACUCGUUCAACCAUCCGUUCUCCAUCAACAACCUCAUGUCUGAGAGCAAACUGGAUAUGAAGUCCAUGUACGACAUGGGCUACGGCGCUUACGCCCAGAUGUCACCCCUCACGAUGGGCAAGGAUCCCUCCCCUCCCGUUAUGGCCGCCCACCACGACGCUGGAGGUUACUACAAGGCCUACCAGUCCACGGUGGAUUUAUGACAUCCGGAUAGAGCCUCGUUUGCGACAGCGAACAGUCACAGUCACCCAACACACUCGUCUGUCCCGUGUCUGUAAAGAUACCAGCUGCAAAAAGGACGCACUGGUGUGAGUGACUCAAAGCGUGUCAAAAAAAGACACACACUGUGAAGCGCUCGGAGUUGACGUCAGGGCGUCCCACAUUACGUGUCUCUGUGGAAAACACGUUUGGACGCUCUCAGAUGUGUCCACAUGACGUCACGACAUAGCGCAUUUUCAUCUUCAUGACAAGUGAGCAGAUCUUUCGGGUAUGUGUUCGCAGGAGGGAAGAACGCGGUGUAUACCUGCGCGCAGGCGACAUAUAUCUACUCAACAGGCGGACCUUCUAGUGUCUGCCUGGCACAUUUAUUCUCAUCAUUAUCAUCAUCAUUGUCAUCAUCAUCACGAAAAUCGUCAUCUCUGCUUCAGAAGUCGAUGAAGCAUAUCUCUCUGACUCCUUUCGCAGUGGCUUAUUUCACUGCUUUUGUCUGUUUUAGAUGUUUGUCGUUGUACGUUCCAUGUUAGAGCAGCUGAUCCGACGCUGAAAUCUCCACUUGACCUCUCAGAUUGUGGAUUUGGAUCAAGCUCUAUGGAAUGUAGACAAUCUGAGGGUGUUGUUUGACAUUCUGAAAAAAAAAACCGUAACAACAAAACAACCCAGCUGUCAAUUGCUAAACCUUUCUUCGGUAUCUCCUGUUUUACUGGGGAAUAUCUUGACAUCUGAAAAGCAAACGACAAUUACGACAUGUGAAAGUUCUUUCAAGGACUCUUUAUUGUGGACAAUCACUUAAAAUUAUAUAUUGUAAUAAUUUGCUUUUCUUCAUGCAUUGCACCUCUUAUGACUUUCAUAAAAAUAUAAGUACAAAUACACAGAUUUUUAUGUAAUUUGUUUUAUGUUUUAAAAUGUUUCUGAGAAAAAUGAAGCCACCACAGGGCGAUUGGAACGAAGGAAGGAAUAUUGCACUGCACUUUUAAGGCAGAAUGGCCUGUGAUGUCAAGAGGGAAGCUCUGUUGAAGUGUCAUUGAGGAAAAAAA